AUGCCAACAAGAAUCAUCUUCCUCAUCGCCGUCGCCACUUCUUUCAUCGUCGUUCUUCUACUUGCUUUAUUCUCACCCGUUCCCGAUUACGACCCACCGGGAUCACUCUUCUCCUUCUCCAUCUACGUUCAACAAAAACACAUCCCAUCCUCCUCCUAUUCCUCUCGCCGUUCUUCUCAACGCAUGGCCAAGGCACACCACGGAGGAGGAGGAGGAGCACUGAUUUUCCGGCGUACGCUCACGGAAGGACCCGAUAACAAUUCUAGGAUUGUAGGCAAGGCUGAAGGGUUUAUAAUCCCUCAUGAAGACUUUGCUAACUCGGAUUUUAACGUGAUAUACUUGACGUUGGAGACUCCCGAGUACACGGGGAGUGUUAGCAUUAGGAGUAGAGACAUGGCACAUAAAUUGGAAGAGGUUAUGGAGGUUGUGGGAGGGACAAGAGCUUUUGCCUUUGCUCGAGGAAUUGCCAUGUUCGCUGUGGUUGAUGAUCAUGAAGAAACUGUAACUACUUACCGUGUUAAGCUUCUGCUUAGAUUUCCACAUACUUCUCAUGUAAAUCCACAAUGA